GGUUGCAGCUAUAGUCAUCUAUAACUUUUGGACUGUCAUUCUCCGAAUCGCUUUCACAGAAAUGUCAGAAGAGUCUCUUUCUAGAUAUCUGUUCUGGUGGGGAGAUGUUUUUGCCGAUGGUUUGUAUGCCUGUGACAUAUGCGUGCAACUCAGAACUGCUUACCGGGAUGAACACGGAAUUAUGAUUAAAGAUCCUGUGCAGUUGAGAGAGAUGUAUACAAAAAACAGAAGAUUUAAAGUUGAUAUUAUUUGUCUUCUCCCUUUGGAAACACUCUCCAGUCUAACAUUUUUUCCCUGUCAAAUCUCGCUGUUGCGUUUGUCUAGACUUCUAAAAUGGCACUCCGUGGAAACGUUUUUCUUUCUGAGUGACUACAGAACCAGCAAACCCAAUCGUCUCCGGGCUUUCAAACUCAUUCUGUAUCUGAGCGUAGCCAUGCAUUGGGUCGCUUGCCUGUAUUAUACCAUCUCUGAGUAUGAAGGACUGGGAACUAAUGAUUGGGUGUACACCGAAACUGAGAAAGGAGGGGAUCGCUUUGUAAGGAAAUAUGUUAAGUCCUUUUACUGGUCUGUUCUUACCCUGAUGACGAUUGGUGAAACCCCAAGUCCCCAGACAAACGUAGAAUAUAUCUUCACUGGCUGUAUGUUUCUUCUUGGAAUAUUCGUGUUUGCUACCGUUGUAGGCAACGUUGGUGACGUCAUCAGCAACAUGAAUGCUGCGAGAACUAAUUUUCAGGCGAGAAUGGAUUCAAUCAAGCAAUUUAUGGAGCAUCACAACGUACCACAUGCGCUGCAGACUCGAGUCAAAAGAUGGGCUCACUACGCGUGGAGCAGAACACAAGCUUUGGAGGAAGGAACAUCUUUGGAAAUGUUACCUGAGAGGCUAAGGACUGAAAUCGCCAUUCAUGUGCAUCUGGACACCUUACGAAAAGUCAAGAUUUUCAAGGACUGUGAACAAGGGCUGCUAUGUGAAUUGGUUCUUAAGCUUCGACCACAAAUAUUUUCACCAGGGGACUAUAUCUGCCGCUGUGGAGAAAUAGGGCGAGAGAUGUACAUCAUCAACAAUGGUAAAGUCGAGGUGGUAAUAGCAGACUCGAACACUGGAGAAGAAGUUGUAGUAGCUUCUCUUUCAGAAGGAAACUAUUUUGGAGAAAUCAGCUUGCUUAGACUUGAUGAAGGCAAAAACAGGCGCUCUGCUGAUGUAAGGUCGGUGGGAUACUCAGAAUUGUUGUGUUUGUCUCAAAAGGACUUGAUGGAGGCUUUAGAAGAAUAUCCUGACGCUAAAAAGGUGCUGGAAAGUCAGGGGCGGGACAGAUUACAGAGAACAAGGCUGGAAAGCAAUCUUUCAAUACCUCGACCAGAUCGUACAGAGACAGAAAAAUUUCAUAACUUUGAAUUUAAUUUUGCAAGAGAAAUAAAUACAAUGAAACAACUGCUAGAAGAAAUGAAAGACAGCAAAAGGGAGUGUUGCAAAUGCGAUCAUAUAAAGACUCUCGAAGGAGAGUGUUUAAACUUAAAGGCACAGGUUGAAAAACAAAUGGAGGAACUCCAUCUAAUAAAACAACAGAUAACUCUUCCAUGUAGAUCACAUAAUGAAGAAAAAAGAAGAAAUAAGUCCAGUGCUGAAGCGAGGGCAGCACAACGGUUAAUUCAGCGAGUCAUUUCAGCAGCUAGACUGGCCGCGUCACAAAAUUCUAGAACUUCUCAGGAGAGGCAAACGUCGCAUUUUAACAAGCAGAGUCAAGAUGCGACACAAAAUGAAUUGAGACGAAAAGCAAAUGGUGUGAGGGAUGAUUGUCCUGAGAUAUACUUGGAGAGUGAUAUCGAUGGGCUUUGUUACCUUGGCCCUCGAAUGAGAUCUUUGAGAGAUGAUAACAAUAAUGGAAAUAAUAGUAAUCCCGGGAUCAGAUAAAACCGCCGCAGACUUGUGGUGCUACUGUCACGAAGCCGCGGACUGGUCUUGGAAUCAAGUACCUGCUUACUGGUCAAUGAGACAUGGAGUGGUUAAGGAAGGGGUGUCUGGAGUUUUGCGACAUCCUCAGUGCCCCCCAAAAUCUUGAUUUUGAAACUGAACUCAUUAUCAUUGGGGCUACACGGUUUUAAUCACGCUGCUAACUUGGUCGAUAUGGUGUUCUUUUAGCACUUCUAGUACUUCUGAACAAAAAAAAAAACAUAUUAUCCUCACUGCCUCAUUGUCAAUAAUAAGUGUUGCGAGGACACUGGUGUUUUGUCCUGGUGUUGUUGAUAUCGACGGUGUUAUUAUUGUCAAGGAAAAUGCAAAUAAUAGAAAGCCAAUUUUAAAACGUAA